CAGUUCUUUUGCGCAGAAUUUUAUGUGGAGGGGGCGUUUCCACGCAAUGAAAAACGCCCGGUUUCAGCGGUUCCAUGUGGAAUUAGACGGAACACACCGCUUAAACGCCUGCUAUUUGAAACAGCUCAACCAGCACCUCCGUCAUGUGUCCAGAGCGUUAUCUAACUUGUGUGCGUCAUGAAUGUUGUGCAUCGGUGCUUCGGUGUAGAAAUCGACGGUCUAUAGUGCCAAAGCAAUGCCUCGCGUACCUGUUAUGCUAAUCGGUCCAAACGUUCAGGUGGACUUGGGUUCUUGCGGAUUCUGUUGAGCGACAUACAUGAACAGAUUGUGUGUGUGUACACCGAGCCCGUGCGUCCUCCUCCCUGCCCAAACACAGUGUAAUGGCCUGGAAUCUCAUUUCGCUGGAGCACGACGCAUUCAAGUGGAUGUCUUUCUUCUGUUUUGGCUCCGGAGCACCGUCUAAAAGGCUCACGAAUGGCGCAGAUGUACUCAUGGCACCGAGAGCAGCUACUGCAUAACCCAAGGCCCCAUGAAGAAACUUUAGUGCCAUAAGUAUCACUCCUGAAAGCUGUGGCUCAACGCAUCGCUUCACCCAAUGCCGUCUGCAGAACAUAACCGGCGAGACUAGCAGAUGACCGCCAUGACAUACGCACAGAAUGGCUCAGCCCCACUUUUAAAGCUUGGAUAUUGCCAGUUCCUCCUCCGUCCUCUGCCAGGACGAGUGCCGCACAAUACCUUGCGGAAAUGGAAUGUAACGGCGACCGUCUUCGUUGUGCUUUUCGUGAUGCUCAUUUCGAUCCAUAUGUACAGCAUCCAGCAGUACAGCAUAGCUGCAAGGGGAGUUUGGUAUAGAAGUACCGAAAACAGGUCGUGGUUUGGAGGAGAAUGUCAAGGCUGCUGCCGACCUGCCACGGACGUCUUCCUGCUCAAGACCCACAAGUGUGCCAGCUCCACCUUGCAGAACAUCCUCAUGCGAUUUGGAGACCGUCGAAACCUUUCAUUCGCCCUACCUGCUCACGGCAACUACUUCGGACACCCAGAGCCCUUCUCUAGGUCCAUGAUCCCAUCAUACAUGACUCCAUCCUGGGGCUUCAACAUAUUCUGCCAUCACACACGCUUCAACAUCGAUGAGUCCUCACAGCUCAUGCCUCCUGAAACAGUUUUCAUCACCAUUCUUCGCGAUCCUGCCAGCCUCUUCGAGUCCCUGUAUGCCUACUAUGACAUGCUGAACCACACUGGACUGACGCUGGAAGAUUUCCUCAAAAGCGACCGGAAACGCACUUGGCUCGACCGGCACCGCUAUGUUGCACGCUUCGGACGAAAUCAGAUGCUCUUCGAUCUGGGAUAUGACGCAUCACGAUUCAAGAAUGCCUCGAACCUCGAAGACGCUAUUCGAGAAGUGGACAGGAAUUUUCACCUUGUACUGAUAGCCGAACUUUUUGACGAAUCGCUUAUCCUUAUGCGGGACUUACUCUGCUGGGACACGCAAGACGUUGUCUACUUCCACCACAACCAGAGGAAACAGAAAGUGCCAGUAUCCGACAAGAAACUUCGUAUGAAGAUGCUAGCAUAUAAUGCAGCAGAUCACGCUCUGUACCGUUAUUUCCGGCAAAAGUUAGAGAACAUGAUUGAAAAAUAUGGUCGAGAACGGAUGCGUCAAGAAGUCGACGGCCUCCAGCUGUGGAAGAACUUGCUCUACAGUCAUUGCGUUGAAAAGCUGGAUUCGGGAACGUCAGCAGCCUUUGAAACUCGAGCGUAUAGCGACGACGUGUAUAGUAUAGUGCUACGGGAAGGAAUUGGCAACAGGGUUUGUUUGGACAUGGCUCGCGCAGAGCUGCCUUAUACGAACAAACUGCGAGCGAAGCAGAAAAACCUUGCUCAGUGUGCUCACCCAUUCUGCAACGCGUUUAGAUGAUUAUCAGCUUAGGGUUGUGGCACUGCCUGUGAUAAUUAGGAGUACUGUAGCGCGUGCACCUUCUUCGUUAAUGCAAGGUCCAGCACAUGUACAUCGAGAUCCAUGCGGCAGUAGGCGUCUGUCAGUGCGAAUGUUUGUUCGCAGGAAGUACCGCAAACGUAAUAUUUCUACUCGACUGCCACAUGGGGCUUUGGGGGAGUUCCUACGGCUUUGUACGAUCCUUCGUCGGCCAUCCUCUUUGCACUCGCUAUUAGGUUCUCUUUAGUGCGAGAUGGUGUGUAGCUCACAAUGGCCACACGAAGAACCACAGUAUUGGUGAAAGCGUGGAAGAACGCGUGAGGGCACUUUGGCUAUAUUGACAUGUUCCUCAAACUACGAAAUGUACAUAUAUGGCCGUUGUUCCAAUGCUGAAGUUAUAUUCUCUCGAAACAACACCUACGCGUUUCUAUGUCAUCACUGUGUUGGUACGAGUGUAUUUUCUGUGUUGCUCAAUUUCGUGAAUGGUAGAAGCGCUAUCUGAAAAGAGACAUGAUAGAGCGUUCGAUGUGCUGUAACGCAACAACUACAAGGCGCCUGGUUCACCCUUCAGUGUAAGUAUACCCACGCAUAAAGGGAUUCGGCGUCCACCAUUUUUAAGACGGCACAGUUUAUCUGUUCCUUUUUCUUUCUUUUACAUGAGCUUCAAAUCACAGGUGAAAGUCGACGUGUCACGACACUGCACAAGAGGAGGAAUCCGUGAUUCAGUGUUUCUCCAUUCUCCUUCAUACAUUCCACAGUCACUGUUACCUGUGUGUCCUGAUGAAAGUGAAGUGACCUGCUGUUCAGUGUUCCUGUCAGUAAAACCCUCAGGCAUGCUCUUACUCAAAGUCUCACGUUCCGACAAUACUGGGCAUGACUACACCUGACGCAUGAAUUCUCCGCGUGGACCAGUAUCCGGAUUAGAGGUGUAUAGCACGCAACAGAGCAUGUUCUGGACAUACCUUGACCUUCCAGCCUGGCCAAAGGCAACGUACUCUCGUCUAAGGUUUCAGGCUCAGAUUUCUUGGUUCGCUACAUCGUCCGACCACCGUUAGAGCUCUUACUGCACACGUAGAGUUCCAGUCCUUCCCAUCCUGUGGAAGCCGAAUAGCUCAACAUUACGAGUUUAGAUGUGUACUGAACUCCUCUAUGGGACCCCCCUCUUUUACCCCAGUAUUACUGAAUGAAAUGUUGAAACCUUUUGAAUCCACCUUGUCCACCAGUAAUGUGAGUUAGGAAACCGACUGUUGCAUAGCACUAGCAAUAUAACGACACGGACUAGUCUAUUUUGUUUGUUGCGUAUUAGUUAUGUGUUCAGUGAGACCAGUAAUAUGUGAACGAAAGAGAAGACCAGAUAGUUCUACUUAAUAAAUUAUAGUUCACUUUGCGCGAGCGAAGUGCAUUUUAGAGGAAGUCGCUGGGUACAAUGUACUCCCUUGAAGAUGCCGCAACGUGGUGGUAAAGAUCUUGUCGUUUUGAAUCUCGUUUUGGAUAUUUAAAGUGAUAAUAGGUGUAAGUGAACAUAAGCAUGACGCCGUUAUAGUAAUGCAGCACGGAGUGUGUAUCACACCAGGUUGCAUUUGUUGUUUUAAUAAACAUUGACUUGGCA